UCUGACAGGCAGUUUUGCGGUUUACGCAGUAAACGCGUACAAUUGUCGCGCGCUCACUCUCUCUCCCCGGGACAUUUCAUUCCACCCUUUCGCGUUUAAUGUCAUUUCCCAACGACGGAAGAAGACUAUUGCCAUCGCGACGAUUGCCGCCUGAGAAAGAGAGGGAGAAAGAGAAAGAGAGAAAAAAAAACACUCUCCGUUCACGCGCGACCGCCGCUAAGGCCCGCUAAUCAGCUGAACGCGAUCAGCCAUAGCGCGGGGCGAUCUCGUGAUACUUUCCCGUGAUUCGCGAUCAGAAAUCGGGAGAGAUCAAUCAAGGGCCCGUCAAUGAUUCCGAGAAAAAUGACAAGGUCUCCCGUGAACGCGUGCACGCCGUGCCAGGCAUGAAAGUUGAGCAUCUCAGUUCUCCGAGUGAUUUGUUGUCGUUCCACGCGCCUCGUAAGUGUUCAAAUUCAUCGAGCGGUCUCGUCCUCCCGUUUUUGCGUACGGGAGAAAAGCUCGAGAUCGAGCGAGACGAUGCGCGUUUUCCUCGACGAGGCGUCGAGAGACAACCUCGCCGACGAUCGGGAGAGCCAGAGAGAAAAAUCCAUCCUAAUCCGCGAAAUCCUCAGACAGGUUAUGUGAAACUCGUGCGAGUGGAUCACCGAAACGUACGUUGACGAGUUAUGGUGCGUGCCGGUUUCUCGUGAGCGUCCUGGAGGCCUAAUGAUGGAGAGGAACGGUGCCAGGGAGAUGGAGGAACGCCGGUGCAUUCGGGAUACGGGGAGGACCCUGAAGAAAUACGGCAGCACGGCCAAACACAUAACGCGGACCGAGAGUCUGGUGAAGCACACGGUGUCUCCUACGGACACCCUCCAAGGAAUAGCGCUUAAAUACGGAGUUACGACAGAACAAAUAAGAAGGAUCAAUAGAUUGUGGGCGUCGGAUAGUUUAUUUUUACGGGAGCAUUUGCUUAUUCCUGUAAGCGCGGACAGUCCCGCCUCUACAUGUAACAAUGAAUUGGUAGCUUCUGAAGAGCACGAUGUCCCUCCAAAUAUAUCUAGUCCUUCUUCAAUAUCGUCACCUAUUGGCGACGAAAGUUCAGUUAAUGAUUUCUUAGCUAAAAUGGAUACCUCGAUAGCUAACGCCAAAAGAGAGGUCAAACGCGCUCAAGGGAAUAGUGAAUUUUGCACUGAUGGCAAUGACAUUUACGUACAACGACGGCGUGGGUCUGCCAAAUUACGAAACUCAUUCCCGACCACAUCGAAUACAUACUCGACGUCCUCCUCUGACUCCGUCAGACCUGUGUCCUCUAGUGAUAUGCACAACUUUCCAACUGCUGUAGUUAUGACGCAGGGAAAAAAAGUAAAGACUUCCUUGCAAAGACUCGAGCAGCAGCAAGACGAGAUGUUCCAGUUGUAGCGUCUAAAUUUCAUUGGACUAUAAUAUCCUGUGUGUCGAUUGUAAAAUUAAAAAACUUGUAGGAAAGGAUGUACUGUAUAUCAAUGGCGAAUAGGAGGUCUUGCUUCUCACGCGUCUGACACGUUGGUUGAUCCAAUAUUAUGUAUAUUAAUUGAACUCCGCAUUGCUCUCUUUUUUUUUUUAUUAUUGAAAGACCGUUCGUAUCCAUGUAGCUGAUCUAAGCAAUAUUCUUAUAUAACUAUCGCUGUAUCCCCAGUUUUAUGACUGUUUCGUCGAGAAUGAUAUCAUGAAGAAUGGAUCAACUAACUUUUAUACGUAGCGCUGAACUGUUUUACAUAACGUUGAUGAGUGGACCAUAUGUGCCUUGAAUAUGAAACUCUACGUUAUGUAAUAAUCCUUUUCUGUGCUUCGUCUUUAUCUGAUUAAGUCACAUAAAAUGUUAUAUAUGUUUCUUUUUCAAAUACUGUUUUUCUUCUACUUUUUUUUUUAGUUUAAACCACUGUGAUGAAUUACCUAAAAAUUUGGCAGAAAACCAAAAACAGCUUUAAGAAAACUAGUUAUUAUGUAGUGAAAAUGAAGAGUGCAAAACUAUAAAUAAAAUAUAGACUCUACUUAUCUGAAAUAUGACUUCUUAAACUAAUUGUUACAUCUGUUAUAACGAAAAAAUAUAUUUUAUUUUCUCUCUUAAUAAACCUUAUAAAAAUUUUUUUCACAAAUAAAAAAAAUAUCAUACGUAUACGAUAUUUUUCUAAUAUUAAAUAUAUAUAAAUGUUAGUAUUGUUUACAAAAGAAUACUAGUGAAAAUGAUUAUAUGUAAAUUAAAGGGGCAGAAAAUACUCCUGGCAUUACUAAAGCAUUACGAAUUAGUUCUUCUAAUAUUGAUUCUUAGCUGGACUAAGUUUUCUAAGAGUAAUAUUGAAUUCAUGGAAGUGUAAUAAUAGAACACAUUUUAAAUAACAUUUAAUCAAUUCAAAAUUAUUAUUGCAAAAUUAUCAGCAAAUUCUUCAUAAAAUGUAUCGUACAAAUGUUACGAAGAGAUUCAGCAAAUAAAGAAAGUUUAUUUUAAGUAAUGUUAUAAAUAAUAUCAUUUAAUGUCGCAAAGCGAUUGAGAUUAGAAAAUAGCAAUUUAAAAUUUAUAAAUAUAUAAACAAUUUCACCUAAACAUAAAUACACAUUGAUAUACAUUGUACAUCAAAAUCUAUAAUAUAUCCAAGUUUUGUACAUAAUCUCUAAGAAAUCCUCUAUUUUACACUGUACAUACAGUAUAAAUAGCAGCACUGUUGAUAAUGUUGUCUGUAAUUAAUAUUAUGCAAUACCAUUUCACUGUAAAAAAAUAUAUAAAAAUGUUAUAUCUUAUAAAUUAAGAUCUCUGAUGCAUCCUCGCCACUAUAUACAUAUAUAUAGACAAUAUAUACAUAAGUUGGAAAAGAUGUAACUAAGUAAUGUAAAUAUGAAUUAAAUAAAAAAGAUCUAAUGAGAUCUAAUAAAAA